ACGGUGGACACUUUUUUUUUUUAGGGGAUAAGGCAGAGCGGAGGAGAGGGAUGGAGAGGAAUAGGAAAGGGUUAGAUUGGUCUUCUCAAAGAAGACAGAGCUAGUCCGGGAGAGGUGGGAAGCUGGCAAUCCCGGGGAGCGCGGGCAAAGAUCCUAGUCUGCUCUUUUGGACCCGGAUCCAGCCUGCAGAGGAUUGCGCGUUGGAAGUCUCUCGCAGAAUUCUGAGGGACUCAAAAGCAGGGCGCCGGCUGGAAGGUGGGUGGGAAGGGAUGAUACUGCGGGGCGCCCGGGUUUUUUACCUUCCUUUCUGUUUGCUUACAGGUUAGGACUUUGGAGAGCAGCUGAGCCCAGCUCCCGGGGCUUCCCCUACUCUCUAGGGUGGUGGAGGCGAAAAUAUUCUGGACCCCAGCGCCAACCCCACGCCCGCACCGUCAAGUGUGAAACCUUUUUGGUUGUCUGGCCCCUCGGAGAAGGAGGGGCGCGGGCAGGGGCGGGAGGGGCAGGGCAGCUGGGCCCACGCGCGCUGCUCCCCCUCCCGCGAGUCUCUCCUAUAAAGAGCGCUUCCCGGCUGGUCGGCAGGCAGAGGCGAGUGUGGAGCGCAGCUCCACAGACGCGCAGUGGGGUGCGUCUAGGCACGGCUCCUGGGUCUCUCUCUAGCGGUCUGAGCGCUAUGGCCGGAACCCGGGGCUACGGGCUGUGAGCCUUUGGACGGGCAGCAAGACCGGCAAAGACCCCAGCCCACCAUGGAGAGCUCCAGCGAAGCGGCAGAACCGGGGUCCCUGAACAGCAGCGCCAACUGGAGUCAGGAGCUCUCCAACUCCAGGAACCGCAGUUCCAUCCCCGUCCAACGCAACGAGGCCAUGGCCAAGGUGGAGGUGACUGUGCUGAGCGUGAUCCUGUUCUUGGCGCUGACCGGCAACCUGUGCGUCCUGCUGGCUCUGCGCACCACCCGCCACAAGCACUCCCGCAUGUUCUUUUUCAUGAAACAUCUCAGCAUCGCCGAUCUAGUGGUGGCUGUGUUUCAGGUGCUGCCUCAGCUCCUCUGGGACAUCACCUUUCACUUUUACGGGCCCGACUUCCUCUGCCGCCUCGUCAAGUACCUGCAAGUCGUGGGUAUGUUCGCUUCGACCUACCUGCUGCUACUUAUGUCUCUGGACCGCUGCCUGGCCAUCUGCCAGCCGCUGCGCUCCCUGCGGCGCCAGUCGGACCACCUGUCAGUCCUCUGCACGUGGUUAGUGUGUCUGGUAGUCAGCGUGCCCCAGAUCCAGAUCUUCUCCUUGAGGGAAGUGAGUGAAGGCGUGUACGACUGCUGGGCCGUGUUCAUCCAGCCCUGGGGACCCAAGGCAUAUAUCACUUGGAUCACCCUGACCGUCUACAUCAUUCCCGUGCUGGUGCUCAGUGCCUGCUACGGCCUUAUCAGCUUUAAAAUCUGGCAGAAUUUGAAGCUGAAGACAGCUCAGGAGCCCCGAGCUACUGGGCCCCUGGCCUCCUCUGUUACCUGUGCGGCAGAUGCUAGCCACGGGGCAGCCCUGUCUCGGGUCAGCAGCGUCAAGCUCAUCUCCAAGGCCAAAAUCCGCACCAUCAAGAUGACCUUCAUUAUUGUCUUGGCUUUCAUCGUAUGCUGGACUCCUUUCUUCUUCGUUCAGAUGUGGUCGGUCUGGGAUCCCAAUGCCCCUAAAGAAACCUCUCUGUUCAUCAUUGCCAUGCUCCUGGCAAGCCUCAACAGCUGUUGCAACCCUUGGAUCUACAUGUUGUUCACAGGCCACCUCUUUCAUGACCUGGUGCACCGUUUCCUCUGCUGUUCCACAAGUUACCUGAAGACCAACCCAGGGGGUGAGACCAGCGCCAGCAAAAAAAGCAACUCUUCCACCUUUGUCCUGAGCCGGAAGAGCUCCAGCCUGAAGAGCUUCACCCAGCCAGCUGGAGAGUGAGGAAGAACACAGACAAAGGGUUCUGAGGUCACUGAAUUUAAUUAACUUUGUGUUGGCAGGGAAUUUCUGACCCACCAUGGUGGGGGUCUAUGUACAAAUGUAUGUGUGUAUAUAUAUGUAUGUAUGUAUGUAUGUAUGUAUAAUUAUAAGCUUCUGUACGUAAAUACAAUUUGGGCCCAUGCAUUAUGGGGUACCAGAAAUAUGGACCUAAUAGUCAAAAUGAUCAUCCCUUAUGGAGGUUCUGUGCCACUUCCCAUCUAUUGACCAAUCUUCUAGGCCUUUUGGCAAGAUCUCUUGUUGACCCCUAAAGUACUCAAGGCUCCCUUCUCCUCCUUCCCGAGUAGAUGAUGGCUUCUGUGGAUCUGCCUUUAUUCUUUGUUGAAAUGAAAGGCAGCCUGGAAGAAUGAAGAGAGGGGCAUAACCUAGUGAAGUCCUGCCUCUGAAAAUAGUCUGUGUGACUCUGGGCAAGCCACUUCAUUUCUCUGUGGCCCAAGCAACUCUCUAUAUUGGAUAAUUCCACAGAUCUUGUAGGAAAGGAAAAGCCACCAAAAAUUAAUGUUUGUAGCCUUGCAAACAUUCUUAUUUAAGGUAAAUCUAGGGCAAACGUAGAGCAGUGGUGUUUUCAUUGUGUUACUUGCCAGUGUUGUAAUGAGGAAUGCAUGGUUGGUAGGGCAUGUGGCUAGAAGGAGAAGGGAAAAUUGGGAACAGAAAAUCUAGGGUUUUAAGAUCUAUGUUAGCACAGUUAGGGAAAAAAAUCCUAACCAGCUGCUUCUGUUCUGGAGUGGCAAACAGUUGCUCCAGGGUACAGAUUAACUAGGGGUUAUUCAUCAUUAGGUUAAUGUAGCCAUGUCCACCAUAUUGGACAAUCUGGUUUAGGUAAAUAGACCAGAAGUUUGGUUUAAAAAAAAAAAAAAGAUGAGUUUUUAAAGAAUUGAAUCAACCCAAGUGAAUUAGGCUGCAAAUGAAUUUCUGAAAGACACUAAUGUUCCAGGUUUUUAUUUACCUAGAUAUCUACAUAGCGUCUCCCCAUUUGAUAAUGCUAUGCUCCCCCUGUAUGAGGAAUAGAGUUGAUGAAGCCUUGGAAAAAGAGAUUUCUUUAUUUUUCUAGCUUCUAGCUUCUAGAGAAGACAUACAUGGCUCUGGAGGGAAUGUGCAACUCCUGCUUUGAAUUCUAUUAUUAAUCUUAUUACUAAGCUGAAAUGUUAAAAAUAACUAGAUUCUAAAAAUUAUGGAGCUAAAUUUUAAUUCUCUGAAUGGACAAUGGAAAAUUCUAUCAAAAUGAAAUGGAAAAGUUUUAUUAAGCAAUGUGCAAAGUACUGUGCUAAGAUAUAAAUAGUAAAGAAUCCUAUAUUCUAAAUAUAUAUAUUAUAUAUACAUGCAUAUAUAUAGCAUAUAUUUAGGCUAAGUAUAUAUGUAUGUAUAUAUGUAUAGCAGGGCAUGGCUGUAAGGCAGAUGAAAGGCCCUCCUGGGCCUUAGGAUUCUUAGGGUUGCAGCAGCAGAGUAGGUGAUAAGGGUCAAGAAUCCUUAGAAGGCAAUGUCAGGUUAGAUGGCAAUGACCAAGGGUCCAGAAUGCAUGGUGUUUGGGGAAAUAGUAUGGUAAACCUCAGUGGACACUAUGGAGCAAUAAAAGCACCAGUAGCCCAGCACAAUAGGUUGCCAUCUUGUCAGAAGAAUUAUGUUGGAUGAUUUUCUGAUCAUCCAAAGAAUAUGGGCAGCCACGUACCUGAUCAGUGACUGUUCAGAAUGGGGAUGGUAGAUCUGAGUGUUGGAAUGAAAUGGAGUUCAGUUCCAUUGGGAGUGGGGAGGUGAGAAAUUAAUAUUGAGUAUCUGAGUAAUAAAGUCUGAGAUAGGGGAGCCAAAAAGUCUCUCUACUGGCCUAUUUCUAAUGGGUCCUUGGGCAUUCCAUCAGAUUGGGGGAGGAUAAAAAGGCUGGGCUGAGGGAAGGAUCCUCAGCUUCCUUCAGCAUCUGCUUCUGCUAGGAUCUAGACAGUAACAUAUUUAGGGGUAAAAUUAUUUAUGUUAGAAAUUUCAGGAAAUGAAUGUAUUUGGCGUUCAGAUUGUAGAUGAUGGGUUAGAAAUUUGCAUUGACUUGUGGUGAAACUUCACUUGAUUCUAAGUGUGAGGCGAUUACCUUUGUCCUACCAAAUGCAUACCGUGGUAUUUCUGUGAAUUGCCAAAGGAUGAUAUUUGCCUAUUAUCAAUUAAUCUUCUUUUGUAAUUUGCUUUACAGAUAAAUGCUUAAUAAAGGCUUUUCUCACGUG